AAUCUACUGUACUUUCUGUUUGCUAUAUUUCACUCGCGAGUGGGCGUGUCGCUCUCUGAGUGACGCAACUAGAGUACACGCGCUGUAGCGGUCAAUAAAGACACGCGCGCACUGAACAACACAGACGCGUCAGGAUCAGGACAGCACAACAUCAUGGCUCUGGAUAUCAGUACGUGGGACCUUGCAUGCAAGUUUAAUAACACAGACCACCACACCGAGUUAAACGGCACAGAUCGGCUGAUCGUGAGGAGAGGUCAACCCUUCACCAUCAACCUGUACCUUAACUCUGGAUCUUAUCAGCCUGGAGCCACUCAGCUUUAUAUUGAAGCAGAGACAGGACCUCAGCCCGUGGAGCAGUACGGCACCAGAGCCGUCUUCAACCUCAGCGAUGAGAUCGACAGCACACGUUGGAGUGCAGCGGUCACCAGUCCACCUGCAGACACCGUUUGCCUUUCUAUUUGUGCGGCUCCUGACGCGCCCAUCGGACGCUACAUCCUGACUCUAGACAGACGAUUCCAGUUUGAAUUCAUUCUGUUGUUUAACCCCUGGUGUCCAGGAGAUGUGGUGUACAUGGAUAGUGAGGAAAAACUUGGGGAGUAUGUUUUGGCUCAGGAUGGCAUCAUCUUUAGGGGCGAUGCCAAGUACCCUAUACCGCUGGCCUGGGACUUUGGACAGUUUGAGGAAGGCAUGCUGGACGCCUGUUUGAGAAUCCUGGACAUGAACCCUAAACACAGGAAAAACCCGGGGAAGGACUGUUCUGGACGCAGAAACGUCAUUUAUGUUACACGAGUGCUCAGUGCUAUGAUAAAUAGCAAUGACCAAGACAACGGUGUACUGGAGGGAUGUUGGAGAGACACGUUUGAUGGUGGUGUGAGUCCCAUGUCCUGGAGGAGCAGUGUUGAUAUUCUCAAGACAUGGGACCGCUCGUCUUGUAUGGCUGUGCGCUACGGUCAGUGUUGGGUCUUUGCUGCUGUUGCCUGCACAGUGGCUCGUGCUCUGGGGAUCCCAUGCAGAGUCGUAACAAAUUACCUUUCUGCUCAUGACACCAACAGCAACCUCAUAAUCGAGCGUUAUGUUAAUGAGAAAGGAGAACCCAUCGGGACCAGCAAAGAUAUGAUAUGGAACUACCACUGCUGGGUGGAAAGCUGGAUGACCCGACCGGACCUUCCACCGGGCUUCGACGGCUGGCAAGCGAGUGACCCAACACCACAGGAGAAGAGUGAAGGGGUGUACUGCUGCGGCCCGGUUCCCGUGCAGGCCAUAAAGGAAGGAGAACUGACGCUAAAGUACGACGCUGCGUUUGUGUUCGCCGAGGUGAACGCAGAUUUAGUGUACUUCCUCAAGUAUAAAGAUGGAAGCACGAAAAAAAUCGUGAAUGACCAGAAGGUGGGACAGAAGAUCAGCACUAAAAGUGUGGGCCAGGAUGAGAGAGAUGACAUCACACACCUGUACAAAUAUCCUGAAGGUUCUGCGGAGGAGCGAAAGGUCUUUGAGAAAGCGAAUCACCAGAAUAAAUUACUGCAGGAACAGGCAAACCCCGGGCUGCACGUCGACAUCAAGCUGUCUGCGGGCAUCAAGAAAGGCUGCGACUUUGACGUGUUCGCCAUAGCGACGAAUAACACGCAGGAGGAGAAGAAGUGUCGUCUGGUGUUUGCAUCACGGGCCGUCUCCUAUACUGGAGUCACUGGGAAAGAGUGUGGCUUCAAAGAUCUGCUCAACGUAGAGCUCGCACCCGGAGCAGAGAGGAAGGUCCCACUUCGGUUGAACUACAGUAAAUACUGUAAUAAUCUAACGGAGGACAACCUCAUUCGUCUGGGCGCACUACUGAUCGAUUACAGCACCAGAGAAGCUGUCAUGGCCAUGCGUGACGUCGUGCUGGACAACCCCGAGAUCAAAAUCAGGAUUUUGGGAGAACCCAAAGAGAACCGUAAGCUGGCAGCAGAGCUCACACUGCAGAACCCACUGCAAGAACCUCUGCAAGGCUGCUGUUUCACCAUAGAGGGCGCCAACCUCACAGGCGGCAACAGCAUCACUGAGAAACUCGACUGCGGCAUUGAACCCGGGCAGGAGGCCAAAGUUAAAAUCUACUUCACUCCCACUCAGAGCGGCCUGCGUAAACUCCUGGUGGAUUUUGAUAGUGACAAGUUGGGCCACGUUAGAGGAUACAGGAACGUUAUCAUUGGAAAAUGAGAUCCAUCAACCAUUCCUGUGCAAGAAAAUCUGUUUUACAUUUGCUUUUCAUUAUUAAUGUCUAUUAUAUGCAGUAUUUUUGUAAAAAUGUAAAAAGCUGGCCUGCCCUGGAUGCUGUGGCACACAACAACACCACAAUGCAAAAGAGCUGGCAAUAAAUAUUAUCAUGUCAAAUUGUAGCACACUGAAUUAUACCGUACAUGAUGCAAUAUUCCUGGAUGUGUGUUAGAUGUGUAAACAGAAGUUGUCAAAGUGAAAGCUUAAGGCACAAUGCAUUAGUGCUGGGCAAAGAUUAAUCGCGAUUAA